CGCCUCUAUUUCUCAAAUUCUCUUCUCAUUCUCUACUUCCUGGACGAUUCUCAAUGCUCGCCGUUUCUGGCGAUAAAUUUCUCUACACUUGCUCACUUCCUAACCAUUCAUCAAUAGUAAAAGCUUCCCCUGCAAAUACACAGAUACCAGUACUCGACAGCGACUGCUCCCCGUAAAAUCCCAAUCGUCAAUUGUACCCUCAGCGCUCCUCAGCUCUUUCCACCGAUAGCAAUUGCUCCCACUCCAUCACACAAGGAAUCAGGCCAUGCCGAGUACAAAUUUUGACCAACAGUGCUGGCAGGAGAUAAAGGCCAGUUCAUCCUCGUCUACAACUCGCGUUCCAGCUCGAUGGGAUGAAGAUACUGGAGAGUUCUCCGUCCGCUGGAGCGAUAUCCAAGAUAAAUUCGAGCACGCUGCCUCUGUUAGAUACGGCAAUGAUGUGAAAGAAUUGCUUGUCGAUUCAGAUUUAAAUUAUCUCGAGCCCAAAAGAAUCCGAUACUGCCAUAACACGGUGCUCGAGGUGGUCAUGCAAGGCCAUCCGGAGGUGCCAAUCUCUGCAGCUCAGGUCUUUCCCAAUAUACCAGCUGCAUCUUCAAAGUACAGUAGAGCGACUAUAACUAGGGCGACUUCCAUCAACAUAGCCACCGCCAGCACCAACUCAGUUUCACAAGCACUAGAAACUCUUUCUAUCAGCCGCACCUCAUUCGACAGCAAUCACCUUGCUCAGUCUGCGGAUACGAUGACGGAGGCAUUGCUAGUUCUCGAUCGCCCCAGUAAUCCAAACUCUCCAAGAGCUCAGGCUAUACUCACGAACCAAGUUACGAUGACCGAAGCUAUGAGCACAGCUAUUAAUACAGCAAUCAACACAGCCAUCAGCACAGCCAUGAACACAGCCAUGAACACAACCAUAAACACAACCAUUAACGCAGCCGUCAACAAGGCGUUCCAGGAACUGUACCAGGCAAUCUUGGACGACAGAGCCCUCUCCUUCGAGAUACUGCAAAAUCAAAGGAAGUUCGAGACUGUGCAGCAAACUGAAAUCAGCCUUUUGGAGGGCAUCAGAGAUCGGGUGGAAGUUGCGAUUACUCAGAACAGGGAGCUCCACGAAAGCACAAUUCCAGGUCUCUUCAUCAUUCUGCCCAAGGCAAGGCGUUUUCGUGUGGGUAAUCUGCUCGAAGACCACUAUCGGCUGUAUUUCCUGUGCGAGUGCGACGACCACACAAAGAGCGCUGGAAGCGAGAUUCCCCAUGAUGUCCAUCUCGCGAAGCAUGACGGAUACGACAUCAAGCUACCCGCCGCAUUCUUUACCAAGUACAGUCAACAUCUCCUGACAACUCUGAAGUGGGUCAAGCGUUUACUCUCUGUGGCAAGCCUUGCUAACUCGGCCGUGGGCUACUCAGGUAUCCUGGAUGGGAUAGAAGGGAUUCAGAAGUACCUCGACCUUGCAACCGACAGGCACUUUGUCACCUUGGUGGACGAAGCGAUCGCGUUUAUGCAGAGUCAAACCAACCCUAGUGGUGGAAUCGAUGCGGGCUCAAGCCAGAAUCUGUACGAUGAGAUCAAGAGCUUAAAAGGUGCUGAUCUCAGACGACUGGAGACGUUCCUUCAUGUCAACGACCAGGCCUACGAUUUUGGCAACCUUAGCCGGAUUGUAACCAAAGAAGGGUACGUCAAAUGGGUUUGCGAGCACCAUUUUAGCGAGAACUUCCGUGCAUCCGACAUGCAGGAGCUGGAAGAGGUCAUCCAGAGCAAUAGCGGAACUUUCAUCAAAGCGAAGGGCAGGAUUGAGAUCACUAUUGCGUCUAGGACUAAGGCGGAGCUGUUUUAUAAUGCAAUAAGGAAGACGGGCAUGAUCCAAGAGCUGGAUAUCGCUUUGCAGUGGAAAGUCACCCACGAGGAUCUUCGCGUGUUCGCCGAGGCUGUUUGGAGCGCCAAUAUUGUACACCUAACCAUGGACGGCGAGAAGUCUAAGAUCCCUUUCCUGGAUUUUUUCAACAGUAGCCGUCGAUACAAUCCUAUCAUGGAAAUUAUGUGUAAUGGGCGGCUCAAGUCGUUGAGGUUAAAGGACUUUGAGAAGUUUUUCAAUCGCGUCAGCAACUCUGCCAUAAUGAACGCCCCCCAACUUCGUGCUCUAGCGAUCAGUUCGGUACUACCAUCCAAGACAAAGGUUUCCAGCGCUUUUGUUACGAGAAUUUUCAAAAUGUGUCCCUAUCUGACGGAGCUCGAUCUGAACUCUGGCAACUGGAAUUUCAUUUUCGACCUCCUCAGAGACAACAUCAGCGGCCUCGAGAGACUCGAAACUGUCAAUAUAGGCAGCGGAAGACUCAUCUUGACCGUGAGCAGCUCUCAGGGCAAGAUCAAGCACUCCAAGGCAACCAUCGACCGGCUCGAUGACCUCAAGUCAGAAGAGGAGAGGUUCCUUACCGCCGGCCAUCUCAAGGCGCUUCACGUUACACGCACUCCAAGUCAAGGUACCAGGGUUGAGUUACUCAAGGUUCUAGAUAUGAACCCAGAUCUUUCCGAGAUUUGUGUUGGAUGUCGUCCGGAACAGGCGCUUGACACAAUCAAGCUAAUCACUGAGAAAAGAACGGACAUCAUGUUUCGACGAAGCUCGUGCGCGCUUCGCCAAUUCAAUCUAUGUGAGGACAAAGGGUGUCCAGGCGACAACGGCAAGAGUGACGAUAUUCUUCACAUGGCCCUCAGCUUUCCGGACUCCGCAUUGCCGACGUGCAACAUAUCCACCAACAUCAGGAUGAGGGCCUCCUUUCCAAGCGCCGAAUCCAGAUAUCUCCUUGCUUUAUUCAAGGACUACGGCUCGACUAUCGAGCAGCUACAUACGAACCAUGCAUUCUACGAUGACCUCGCUACUUUUCUGGAUAAUGGCACCAAGACCAAGGGCUCUUCUUUAGUGCACCUGACCCUGAACCCCGCAAUGCUGACAUUAGUCGGCCUCGAUUGUGUAAAUCGGGUCAUUGAGCGUUCAUCGGAUUUGGGACGCCUGGAGCUACAUUUGGACCGACUCGAGGAGAGCGAUAAUAUGGAGAAGGCAGUACAGUUGCUUCGCCGGCACGGAGGAAGGCUUCAUUCGCUAACUCUUCAAGGCGAUGCAACAGAGUCCUGGAUGCCGACCCUGGCGACAGAGCUCCCAACACGUCUCAGUCUUCCCAAGCUCGACACAUUUAGGAUCAUCUGCCGAGGCAGCGCGAGGGUCCUAGAAGUGUCCGCUCGCUGGCUGGUAGCGAUGGUGUCAGGGCCUUCCCAGCAAGCUGCAUCAUCCUCACUUAGUACGUCAAUAACCGUCCAAUCUGCUUCAACAUCAGAUUCACACCAAGAGUGGUGGUCGCUCAAGAACGUCUCUAUUGAAAAUGUUCAAUUUGAGAAUGAGGACUGGAAGGAUAUGAUAGAAAAAAUGGAUUUUACUUCAUUGGAGAGCCUUAGCUUUAGUGGUAGCAACUUUUCGCUCGACCAACUCCAAAUUUUGGUGCGCAGCCUACCCGAGUACAACGGCACGAUCGUGCCGCUACAGUCUCUGAAAGCUUCGGUGACUCGACUUGACGAAUGCGAGGACAUUGAGUCUUUGAAGGAGGCUUUUGUGAUGCUCCGCAACAAGGCAAUUGCGAUUAAUGUAGAAGGUAUCAAGAAGCUGGACUAGGACCAUGAAGGGAAGGAUGUAGGGGACCAUUAAACACUGCGCUCAUAUUUUAUAUCCACUGUCGCAACCUAAAUACUUGUGGAGCAAACUUGUAGCACUUUUUUCUGAAUAGACAGAGCAAGUUUCAAGGAAGUAGGUUGAAAUGAAAAUGCUGCAAUAAAUUUGAAUUGUGUUGCCACCAAUUCGUCGAAUCCGACAUUCUCCUUUUUGCGUUACUCACAUCUGCACCGUUAUUUAUUCACCAACCUGCACC